GUAAAACAUGAAGCGACGGCAUUAUGUAGGGUAAAGUUCGCAGUGGACGCUUCUUUAUAUAUAUCCACCGUGGACAGAUCAGGAGACAGAGACGGGAAUCUGGUUUAAAAAUUACAACUGUCCAACAGAUUAUUGUUUUACCAACGUCAUGGCGCUUAUCAGAGGUGUUUUUAUUGUAGCAGCCAAGCGCACUCCGUUCGGUACGUACGGCGGAGUACUGAAGGAUCACAGCGCCACAGACCUGGCUGAGCAUGCAGCUAAAGCUGCCCUCACCGCUGGCGCCGUGCCUCCAGAACUCAUAAACAGCAUUAUAAUAGGAAAUGUCAUGCAGAGUUCAGCUGAUGCUCCGUACAUUGCUCGUCAUGUUGGUCUGAGGUGUGGCGUUCCCAUCCCAGUUCCUGCUCUCACUGUGAACAGACUGUGCGGGUCUGGUUUCCAGUCCAUCAUCAACGGUGCUCAUGAGAUUUGCCUCAGAGAGUCGGAGGUGGUUCUAUGUGGAGGUUCAGAGAGUAUGAGCCAGGCCCCUUACGCAGUCCGUAACAUCCGCUUUGGAACAAAGUUCGGGUUGGAUCUUAAGCUCGAGGACACUUUGUGGGCGGGUCUAACUGACCUCCACAUCAAGAUCCCGAUGGGCAUCACUGCAGAAAACCUGGCAGAGAAAUACCAAAUAGCACGAGAGGACUGUGACAACUACGCAUACCAGACACAACAGAGGUGGAAGGCAGCUCAUGAAGGGGGUCACUUCACAGCUGAAAUUGCUCCGAUUGAGGUGAAAGGAAAGAAAGGCAAAGCGCCCAUGUCUCACGAUGAACACCCUCGACCUCAGACCACAUUGGAACAGAUGGCCAAGCUGCCUACUGUCUUCAAGAAGGGAGGGACCGUCACCGCUGCUAAUGCGUCGGGUGUCUCUGAUGGUGCCGCUGCCCUGGUGAUCACAAGUGAAGAAGCCCUGAAGGAACACAAGCUCACCCCACUGGCCAGAAUUGUUGCCUAUCACGUGUCAGGCUGUGACCCGAGCAUAAUGGGGAUUGGUCCAGUCCCAGCUGUCACAGAAGCUCUUAAGAAGGCCGGUCUGUCUAUUAAUGAUAUGGAUCUUGUUGAGGUGAAUGAAGCUUUUGCUCCUCAGUAUCUGGCCGUAGCCAAGGCUCUUGGACUGGACCCAGUCAAAUCCAACGUCAACGGCGGAGCUAUUGCCAUCGGACAUCCUCUCGGUGCCUCUGGAGCGCGCAUCACUGCUCACCUGGUGCACGAGCUCAGGCGAAGAGGAGGAAAAUACGCCGUCGGCUCUGCUUGUAUCGGCGGAGGUCAGGGCAUUGCCAUCGUCCUGGAAAGGUGCUAAAAAAUGAAGAAGCUGUGGAAGGAUUCCUACAAAAUAAAUGCCAAACGCACAGACAGUCCACAGGCAUGAUAUAAGAUGUAGUUUGUACACAGUCAAAUAAAUGUCUUCCGAUGUUUAAUAAUGAAGAACAGCAGCUCGGUUUGGCAAAAAUAAGCAUAACCAAUUAAAUUUUUGUUUCAUUCUCUGUCAGUUUAUUUUUGCAACAUACAGUAUGUUUGAGUCUGAUGCCUUAAGAGAUCUGUAAAAGUAAAGGAAUGACUGUAAUAUGCACAAAUGUUUAGGAGCCUAUACAGACCCAUUCAAUAAAUUUGAAUAUUGUUGAAAAGUUCAUUUAUUUCAGUAACUUAGCUCACUAAGUGAAAUACAUUAUAUAGAUUAACUUCACACUUACUGAUGUUUUCAAGUCUUUAUUUCUGUUAAUUAUGAGAUUUUCCCCUGACACCUAAUGGAAAUGCGACAUUUAAGAUUAGAAUAUUGCACCAGACCAAUAAAUAAACUUUUUUGAUACAGAAAUGUGGGCUUUUUGAAAGGUAUGUAUUAGAACUGCACAAAGUUUGUUAUUUUCAAAAACUUCUCUUAAUCUGCCAAACAAUCCUCAUUGGAACACAUAUUGUAAUUUUCUGAAUAUGACUAUAUGCAUAAAAGACCGUGCUAUGAUCCAGAGGCAUGUUAACGUGUAGCUUGGUAUUAUAAUAAACUUUGCCUUUAAAUGCUCUUCAUCACUUAAUUUUCCAGGUUUGGUGUUUUAACACCAAAGGUGACUGCGAACUAAUUUUUUUACUUCUCUAUCAAAGAAUCCUAAAUAAAAAUGUCCCAAAAACA